AUGAAGUUAAUGCUACAGUUGUACAUCCAGAAGCCAAAAGAAGGAAAGCGUUGGGAGGUGGAGGAGAAAGUGUGGUAUAAAUGUCAACCAACGUACACAAACAAUAGUGAACCAGGGAAGAGCAACAAACAUUAUGAUGCGGAAUGUCUAGAAAAUAACACAGUGCCCCAAGUGUUUGAGGAUUUUUUUUCUGAGAAACUAAUGGAUACUAUUAUUGAACAAAGCGAAAUUUAUUCUUGCCAACAUAACAGAAUAAAUUUUCUGCUAACCAAAGAAGAACUAAAAUUAUUUAUUGGCGUACUACUUCUGAGUGGUUAUCAUAAGCUUCCCCACAAGAAUAAGUACUGGGAACAGGCUCCUGAUGUCGGUGUUCCUUUAGUCUUCAACUCUGGGUCAAGAAAUAGGUUUGGGAAAUAA